GGCCUGCACCAAAUCGCUUUGGGGUUUUCUGGUGUUUUGUUGUUAGUUUUCUUUUCCUUUGGGUAAUAGAAAAAUCUCUGAAAGACUUUGCUGACCAACCAGCAGGAGCCCAAGGAGUGCGGGGGGCAUCUGGGAGCACUCUGCACCUCUGGCCUGCUCCCAGCAUGGAAACCCUGCAGCCUUAAGAGGGAGGGGCACCAGCCUGCUCUCUCUCCCCUCCCCCCUGCCACCGUGUCCGCCUGUGUCCGUCUCUCUGGGAGUCCCCUCCUGCCUCGUUGCUCCUGUAUCUUGGCCUUUCGAGUGCCUUGGAGGUUUCCCUGACCUCCCGUGAGGAUCAGAGACUGUCCCCCCUUUUCUAACUUUGACAAUUGACUUCAGUUUCCUUUUCUAAUUUUUAUUAUUUUUAAACAGUCCAGGAUGUUCCCUCCCUCCCCCCUCAGCUCUGAUUCCUUCAAGGCCCAGCAUGUCUGGGCCUCCAUUCCAUACUUUCCGGUUUAAAAUGGCUCAGCCCUUUUUUGUUUCUCCCACACUUGUUGCAGGCAUGGCUGUCUCUUGCCCUGGCCUGCCCUCUCUGGCCUGUACCCCACCUCCGGGUCCCCUGCUCCCUACCAUAGUCCCCUUGCCUUCUGAUGCCUUAAAAGCCAGGCCCCAGACCCCGCUGGCCAGAGCCUCUCAGAUGCUGAGCUCCGGAAGCUUGACUCAGGACCAAAUGGCUCUGGCCUGGGGAUCGGGCCCUUCUACCCAAGGUCCCCGAUUGUGGGGACAGUAGAAGGCCAAAGUUUUGGUCUUGGCAAACCGGUCCCACCAGCCCUUUCUGCCCAGGCCUAGGUGCGGGGUGGGCUUUCUCUGCCAGCUUAACCCAGUUUCCCUGCUGUCCUACUGUCUCUCGGGCAUUGUGCAUCUCACUGAGCCUCUGUCCUCUCCCCCAUGUUGAAGAUGAGCCCUGCAUUGUCAUCCCCAAGCCAGAUCACCCAGAGCUGGCCUCCCUAUGGCCCAGUGCUGGAAAAUAAGACAAGGUGCAGAUAAAUUCUGCCCCUUCCCACCAGCAGGACCUGUUAGCCUGAGGUGACCCUGGGCUGUGACCCUGGCCAGCUGGGCCACCCAGCUCCCCUCCCCUGACUCGGGGUCCACAUCCACUCCGGGGGGCUGUCUCCUCCCCAAUCUCACACAAACCUUUGCUGAAUUAAAGUUUGUAAGUAAAUGGUUUUAAAGAAAGCAGACCUGGCUGGUUCUUGGGACAAUGUGCCUGGGUGGGAGGUCUGGGAUAGCCCUGCAGGUCUUGGCUCAUUCGAGCCAGUGCACUGCCCUCCCACUUUGGCAGCCUCCCCUGGACUCGCCUCCUUCCCGUGCAGCGACGCCAAAAAAAGAAAAGGCGCUUGUAUUCGGGUAAUUACAGGGCCGUCGCCUCUAAACGCGCCAAGGCGCAUGCUUAGUCUCUGGUCACGUGAUGCCUGUCAUGGCCGCCUCCGUGGCCUGGGGAGGUGCGAAUGCUGGGUUCCUGCUGCGGGCUGCCAGGGGUGCCUGGUGGAGCCGACCUGGAGGCUUUUGGGGGUCCGGGGAGGCGGCGGCGCCAGCGAUAGCCAGGAAAUUCCGGGCGACAGGCUCGCGCCCGGCGGGGGAGGAAGAAGCCGGCGGCCCCGAGCGGCCCGGGGACGUGGUGAACGUGGUGUUCGUGGACAGGUCAGGCCAACGGAUUCCGGGGCCUGCGAAGCUUCCUUGGCGUGCUCCACCUGCCACGUGUAUGUGAGUGAAGACCACCUGGACCUUCUGCCACCUCCUGAUGAGAGGGAGGACGACAUGCUGGAUAUGGCCCCUCUCCUCCAAGAGAACUCCCGGCUGGGCUGCCAGAUCGUGCUGACUCCUGAGCUGGAAGGGGCCGAAUUCACCCUGCCCAAGAUCACCAGGAACUUCUAUGUGGAUGGCCACAUCCCCAAGCCCCACUGACACGGGCAGCUGUACGGUCCCAGACACUGACAGCCCCAGGGCCAGGACUGGAAGAACACAGCCAAGAUGCCAGCCCAGCCCAGAGCGCGGACAGAUCGGAGAGAGAUGGCGGAAGCACCCAGAAAGUCAAAACCCUUGCUUCAGAGAGAUCCCAUGUCCCAGCUCUGGUGGGGCCAGGGCCCCUAAUGGGGCCGCCUCAACCAUGCUCCUGAGAAUGGGGGUGUGGAUAGGGGUGGAAUCUAAUUGGAGCGAUAAUAAAACUGUCUCACAGAUA